AUGGCACUUCUUGUUGACCUGUGCGACCAAUUGAGCGGCGAAUUGGCCCCCGUGCACGUUCCGCGGGUUCUGGCCGUUGCCGGCUCCGACUCGUCGGGCGGCGCAGGCAUCGAGGCCGACGUCAAGACCAUCACCGCGCACAAGUGCUACGCCGUGACCUGUAUCACGGCUCUCACGGCGCAGAACUCUCUUGGCGUGCACAAUGUCACCGUGACGCCCGCGCAAACCGUGGAGCAGGUGCUGGUGGCCAUUGCCGACGACCAGAUCGCGCUCGACGCUAUCAAGCUCGGAAUGCUGCCGGACGAGACACUGUCGGUGAUCGCGCCGUUUCUGGCUGCCCGUGCCGCCAGCACGCCCAUUGUGCUGGACCCGGUGUUUGUGGCGAAGAACGGCGACCGGCUGAGCUCUGUGGCGGCGCUGAGAAGGACGGUCGAGCUGUUCAAACAUGCGGCCCUCGUUACCCCGAACUCGCGCGAGGUGGAGGUUUUGCUGGCUGUGCUGCGCAGCUCGGACCCUUCCGUGGAGGAAAUCACCAUUGCCACGGCGGACGAUUUUUACGAGGCCGCGCGCGUGCUGGGGUCGAGGUUCAAGGUCGACGUGCUGUUCAAGGGCGGGCUUGUUCCGGUGAACGAGAAUCUGGUUGUUGACCCGGAAAACCCCGUGUAUAUUCUGAACGUGCUGUACGAGCACAGAUCAGGAAAAACCACUGUUUUCCGGUCGAACCACAUCGACUCGCCAAAUUUGCACGGAACAGGGUGCACGCUGAGCUCGGCGGUCGCGUGCAAUCUGGCCCGCGGGGCGUCUCUGGCCGCCGCGGUUGAAAACGCCAUCGCGUUCGUCAACGAGGCCAUCAGACACGCCGAGGUGAAGCCCAACGGGCCGCUGAACCACAUGUGGGCGAUCAGCCGCCCGCAGGACGCGCGCAGGGACGCUGGCCUGCUGUCGUUUCUGCUCAAUCACGAAAAAGUCGUCCCACACUGGCAAAAGUACACCAAUCACCAGUUUGUGCAGCAGGUGAUGGAAGACACGCUGCCGGUGGAAAAAUUCAAUUAUUUCCUCAAACAGGACUACCGCUAUCUGCAGGCGUACCACCGCGUGCACGUGAACCUGCGCAGCAUCACCGAGUCGCAGGAGCUGCAGGAGUACGUGGACAACAUCCUGGGCAAUAUAGAGACCGAGAUGGAGAGACACAGGGGCAAGCUAAAAAGCAGAUGGCCCGACCUGGAUCUGGAGGAUAUUGUGGCUGGGCGUGCUACGCUGAAUUAUAUCAACUAUCUGGUGGAGCUGUACGAGAAGACACACGACUGGCUGCUGUGCAAGACCGCGCUGAUGCCGUGUCUGAUCGGAUAUAAUCAUGCUGCUGCCAAUGCGCUGAAUAACGGCACGAAAUUUUUGGUAGCAGACCCAGAAAACAACUCCAGAACUCUGGCGAGGGCACGCAAAUUGCAGGAAGACGCGGAGAAUGGCGGGCUGCCGUACACGGUCGACCCAGGCUCCGCGACACAAAAAAUGUACCGCGACUGGCUCAGCGACUACGUGGCUCCGUGGUAUUUGGACGCCUGCAAGCGCGGCGAGCAGGUGCUCAACGAUUACUUCGACGAGUACGUCAGCAGAAAGCAGCACGAGGACGGGUUCGAUAAGGGCAAACUCAUGGACACUUUGGCAGACAUAUUCGCCAAGGUGUCCAGCUUGGAAGCAAGCUUUUGGGAUGAUUGCAUCAAUUAUCCUGAAAAUAUAAAUUAA